AUGGGAUACAGGACGAUACUGAGGCACCUCUGUCUGUGGCACAGGCCAGUUAUGAACUGUAGUUUUAGUAGAUUGUGUCUCUUGAAGCGACACCUGUUUACAAUGAAGUUGCAGUCUCCAGAAUUUCAGUCACAUUUUACAGAAGGGUUGAAGAAUCUGACAGAAUUAGUUUUCAAAGAGAAUCAUGAAUUAAGAAUAGCAGGAGGAGCUGUGAGGGACUUACUCAAUGGGGUCAAGCCUCAGGAUGUGGAUUUUGCCACCACGGCCACACCAGCCCAUAUGAAGGAGAUGUUCCAGUCGGCUGGCAUUCAUAUGAUCAACAACAAAAGAGAGAAGCAUGGGGCAAUUACCGCCAGGCUUCAUGAAGAAAAUUUUGAAAUUACUACACUCCGGAUUGAUGUUUCCACUGAUGGGAGACAUGCCGAGGUAGAAUUCACAGCUGACUGGCAGAAAGAUGCUGAACGUAGAGACCUCACGAUCAAUUCCAUGUUUCUGGGUUUUGAUGGUUCUUUGUUUGACUACUUUAAUGGCUAUACAGAUUUAAAAAAUAAGAAAGUUAGAUUUGUUGGACAAGCCAAGCAAAGUGUUCAAGAAGAUUAUCUUCGAAUUUUAUGGUAUUUCAGGUUUUAUGGUAGAAUUGUAGACAAACCUGGUGACCAUGACCCUGAGACUCUGGGAGCAAUUGCAGAGAAUGCCAAAAGCUUGGCUGGAAUAUCAGGAGAGAGAAUUUGGGUAGAACUGAAGAAAAAUUUCACUGGUUUACCUGCUAAUGCAAAUUUAGAAGAAUUUAACAAAGUUAGUAAAAAUGUUGAAAGCCUUUCACCAAAGCCAAUAACUCUUUUGGCCUCAUUAUUCAGAGAACAAGAUGAUGUCACAAGACUGGGUUUGAGGUUGAAGAUUUCAAAGGAAGAGAAAAACCUAGGUUUAUUUAUUGUUAAAAACAGGAAAGACUUGAUUAAAGCAACAGAUAGUUCAGAACCAUUAAGACCCUACCAAGACUUCAUCAUAGAUUCUAGGGAACCUGACAUUGCCAUCUGUGUGUGUGAGCUGCUGAAGUACCAAGGACAGCAUGGCCUUCUCAAGGAGAUGCAGUAGUGGUCCAUUCCACCCUUUCCAGUGAGUGGACAUGGCAUCAGGAGAGCCGGCGUUUCUUCAGGGAAGGAAAUCUGGGCUCUGUUACAGCAGUUGCAUGAACAGUGGAAAAAAAGUGGUUACCAAAUGGAAAAAGACGAACUUCUAAGUUACAUUAAAAAAGACAACAUGAACUACAUACCAAAAAAAAUUGUAACUUCUGGGUAA